AUGGCGUCGAAUCCUGCAAAUCUAUGGGUGUUAUUAGGACUGGGACUGGCUGGGAUUUUCUUAAUGACUAAAAAGUUUAAGAAAGCUAUCAGAGAAGAUUUUGGCGCAUUUAUCGAGAAGCUUCAGUUACUUCCUCCGCCGCAGCCCGCUCCCCCUAUAGCUCCUCAUCCUCUCACAGGCCUCACCUUCGCCGUCUCCGACUUAUUUGAGAUUGAAGGAUACGUGACCGGAUUUGGUCAUCCAGACUGGGCAAAGACACAUGAGGCAGCUUCUCGAACGUCUCCUGUGGUUUCAACUCUUGUUGAAGGAGGUGCUACUUGCAUCGGUAAAACUGUGAUUGAUGAACUUGCUUAUAGUAUCCAUGGAGAAAACAAGCAUUAUGGUACGCCCACCAAUCCUGCUGUGCCUGCACGAGUACCAGGUGGAUCCUGUAGUGGUGCUGCUGUGGCUGUAGCUGCUGAUCUGGUUGACUUCUCUUUGGGGUUAGAAUUUAGAAACUUCCAAAUUGCUUUCCAGCAAAUGUUUUAUGCAAAACCUUUUGUUGUGCCUGGGUUGCUCUUCCAGACAAUCAGUAUGCUAGUUAUGGUUAUGUGCUAUGUGGAUCCUCAAAGAGAAUUGGAAUCUGGUAUUCAUUUAUGUGAUAUAGGAUACUGUUGGUCAGGUGUUGAUACCGUUGGUGGUGUGAGAGUACCUGCUGGAUUUUGUGGUGUCAUAGGAUUUCGACCCUCAUAUAGAACUAUUUCUAAGAUAGGAGUCUUACCUGUUUCGGCCAGUCUUGACACUGUUGAUCGCAUUGCAUUGUUUGUUGCUCGAGGUUGGUUUGCUAAGGAUCCUAAUGUUCUACAACUCGUUGGCCAUGUUCUUCUUCAACCUGCUUUUGGAGGUCAACGUAAUCCUAGACAAAUUAUUAUGGCAGAUGAUUGUUUUCAAUUACUAAACAUUCCAGUUGAUAGAGUUGCUCAGGUGGUGAUAAACUCAACUGAAAAGCAUUUCGGAAGACAAGUAUUGAAGCAUGAAAUUCUUGACGUGUAUCUGAAUUCUAAAGUUCCAAGCUUGAAAGAGUUCCAUAACAAGAACACAAAUGGUGAAGUUAAAACUUCUUCUCUGAAAUUGCUUGCAAAUGUCAUGCAGCUUCUUCAUAGAUAUGAGUUCAGAAGCAAUCAUGAGGAAUGGAUUAGCACAGAGAAGCCAAUUCUUGAACCUAAUUUCUCAGCACAGAUGAAUGAAGUAAUGGAGAUAUCAGAUGCAGAGGUUGAACUCUGCAAGUCUAUUAGAGAAGAAAUGCGUUCGGCUAUCAACUCUCUAUUGAAGGAUGAUGGGAUUAUGGUGAUCCCUACAACUGCCUAUCUUCCUCCAAAACUUGGUGGGAAGGAGAUUUUAUCAGAAGAAUAUCAGAGCACUUCAUUUAGUCUUUUGAGCAUUGCUAGCUUGUCAGGUUGCUGUCAGGUCACUGUACCACUAGGAUAUUACAACAAGUGUCCUGUUUCAGUGUCCUUGAUAGCCAGACAUGGCAGUGAUCGCUUUUUACUAGAUACAGUGCGGACCAUUUAUACAUCUUUACAAGAACAUGCCAACACAUAUGCAAAAUCCAAAUCGAGUAACACAGACAGCCAGCAAAAUUCUGCUGAGAUGGCUAAAGAAAAGGGCAAUCAAGCAUUUAAGGACAAGCAGUGGCAGAAGGCUAUUAGCUAUUAUAAUGAAGCUAUCAAACUUAAUGACAAGAAUGCGACAUAUUACAGUAACAGAGCUGCAGCAUAUCUUGAACUGGGAAGUUUCCAACAAGCUGAAGCAGAUUGUUCCAUGGCUAUCAACCUUGAUAAAAAGAAUGUAAAGGCCUAUUUGCGAAGAGGGACAGCAAGAGAGAUGCUCGGUUACUAUAAGGAUGCAAUUGAAGAUUUCAAAUAUGCCCUGGUGCUUGAGCCAACUAAUAAAAGAGCAUCCCUUUCUGCUGAACGAUUACGGAAAGUGUUUUCACUAGGUUAUUGA